CUGAACGCAGAGCAAGUGCAGUGUGUCAGAGGGAAGCGGAGGCAGAACCGAGGAGCUCAAGAACAAUUCUGCAAACAAGUGCGUGUUGGGAAGCUUCAAAAAAACAAAAGAACAAGAGGAUGCCCAAGCCUAAUUGGAUUCCAUUGUGUCACAGCGUCAUUGAGAAGAUGGGGUAAUUUUCUGACUCACAGCACGAAUGCAGAAAUCCACCUCUAUGUCUAAAGACUCAAACUCAAAACCAUACCUGUUUUCCUCUCUGGAGGGCCAGGACCAGGCCUCUGGUUGCAGUUCCAUGGCAACACUUCAUCGAAUUGGCAGCUUUGCAGAGGCAGAAGAGCUUGGACUGGCCUCAGAGGGCAGUGACAGCAGCAGUCAGGACCCUUCUGCUUCACCCCACGGUGAUCGCAAGAUGGCACACUCCUUGCAUGAGGAUGUGGAGAUGAAGAGCAGUGGUUCCAGUGGUAGUGGGACUGAAUCGCAAGGAAAUGAAUCACAUGGCAACGAGUCACAUGGAAACUCAUCAAACGGGAGUGAAUCAACCAGAAGUUCCAAUGGCAAUAGCAAGGAUUCAGCCCUUUUGGAAUCAUCGGAGAGCCACAAGAGCUCCAGCUCCCACAGUCCGUCACCUCCCAGCAGCUCCAACGCCUUCAGUCUGCUGAGUUCUGACAACCCUUCCACUAGUGGAUGCAGUAGUGAAGAGUCUGCCAAGGCAAAAACACAGAAGGAGCUGAUAAAAACCCUCAAAGAGCUGAAGCUUCAUUUGCCAGCUGAUAAAAGGAACAAGGGCAGCAAGUCCACCACUCUGAACACGUUGAAGUAUGCUCUUCGCUGUGUCAGACAGGUUGAAGCUAAUGAGGAGUACUACCAGUUGCUUAUGACCAAUGACAGCCAGCCAUCUGGUCUGGAUGUAUCCUCAUAUACAAUAGAAGAGCUUGAUAGCAUCACAUCAGAAUACACGCUGAAAAAUGCGGACAUCUUUGCAGUGGCAGUAUCUCUGAUCACGGGCAAGAUUGUGUACAUCUCCGAUCAGGCGGCAUCCAUUCUCAACUGUAAGCAGAACGUGUUCAAGAAUGCCAAGUUUGUGGAGUUUUUAACACCCCAGGACGUCAGCGUGUUCUACAGCUUCACCACACCGUAUAGGCUGCCAUCUUGGAGCAUGUGUACAGGAGCUGAAUCUUCACCUUCUGACUGCAUGCAGGAAAAGUCAUUCUUCUGCCGCAUCAGUGGAGGAAAGGUGUGUGAAGGAGACCUGCAGUACUACCCAUUCCGUAUGACUCCUUACCUAAUGAAGGUGCAGGACACAGAGUACACUGAAGACCAGUUCUGCUGCCUUCUGCUGGCUGAAAGAGUGCAUUCUGGCUAUGAAGCUCCAAGGAUCCCCACGGACAAACGCAUCUUCACCACCACACACACACCAAGCUGUGUUUUUCAGGAUGUCGAUGAAAGGGCUGUCCCAUUGCUCGGAUAUCUACCCCAAGAUCUGAUUGGGACACCAGUACUUCUGCACCUGCACCCAAAUGAUAGGCCACUGAUGCUCAGCAUUCACAGGAAGAUCUUGCAGUACGCUGGUCAGCCGUUUGACCACUCGUCCAUCCGUUUCUGUGCUCGAAAUGGAGAGUACGUCACCAUAGACACCAGCUGGUCCAGCUUUGUCAACCCCUGGAGCCGCAAAGUGUCCUUCGUCAUUGCACGACACAAAGUCCGCAUGGGUCCAGUUAAUGAGGACGUUUUUGCAGCUCCAGCAACAGCUGAGAGUAAAACAAUGGACUCGGAUAUCCAGGAUAUCACAGAACAGAUUCAUCGGCUCCUGCUUCAGCCAGUACAUAAUAAUGGCUCGAGCAGCUAUGGAAGCCUAGGCAGUAACGAUCAUCUGAUGAGUGUGGCCUCAUCCAGCGAGAGCAAUGGAAAUGGAGCCCAAUCACCUGUGAAUGAUGAAGAGAGUCAAGCCAAACCUAGAACAUUUCAGGAGAUCUGUAAAGGUGUUCACAUGCAGAAGAACCAGCGACAGCCAUUCAGAAAGAGUCCAGGCAAACUGCUCCUGAAGUGUCCAGUAGUUCGUCCCAAAGACUCGGCACACCCAGUAAGCUGGAGACAGAGUGCGGAGGACCAGCAGGGCACCACACAGGAAGAACUUGCAUUAAAAGACCAGACUGUCUACUCGUACCAGCAGAUCAGCUGCCUGGACAGUGUAAUUAGGUAUCUAGAAAGCUGCAAUAUGCCCAUCACAGUGAAACGUAAAUGCCAGUCAUCCUCUAAUACCACUUCCUCUAACUCAGACGAGGACAAACAGAAGGCAGCCGAAAGCUCGAUGCAGGUGGCUGAAGCACCUGGACACCUGAAGUCCCAAGCUGGUCUUUCACCUCUGGAUGUGUCGAAGAAGCCAAGAGGCUCAGGCGUAGUGGGCACUUCACUCACUCCCCUGGCACUGCCCAGCAAAGCUGAGAGUGUGGUGUCUAUAACCAGCCAGUGCAGCUACAGCAGCACCAUUGUCCAUGUGGGGGACAAAAAGCCCCAGCCAGAAAUCAUUGAGGAUGGCCCCAGUGCUGGAGACACAGCGGAAGGUCCCACUCCAGCCACUCCUCCUACCACACAUUCACCUCUCAGUCAAGAAAGAGAAGCGUAUAAGAAACUAGGCCUGACCAAGCAGGUGCUGGCAGCACACACACAGAAGGAAGAGCAAGCCUUUCUCAACCGCUUUAAAGAACUAAGGGGGAUUCACACUUUCAAAGCAGACUACCUGGUGAAGCAGAAAGGACAGGUCACAUCCAAUGCAGGACCUUCUCGUGGUAAACAGGGGGGGAGAGCAGAACCUGCCACUGGCCGCGGGGGCCGCAACAGAAAGUCCAAAUCCAAGCGCAUCAGACAGAAUGAAUCGUCCGACAGCACUAUUUCACACCGGAGGCAGCUGUUCAGGCAAGAACUGCAAGGACUGAACCAGACUUCAUGGUCUCCUUCAGAGACCUCACAGUCUGCCUUUCCCAUUGCGUACCCAGCCGUUAUGCCUGCAUACUCGCUCCAGGUGUACCCAGGGACCAAUUCCAUGCCACCCAGGGUGGAUGCGCCACUCUCAGGAUUUGAAGACGGCCAGGGUAACCAGAAUCCACACUUCCCCAUGCAGCCCCAAUUUCCUGCCCCUUUUGUCACACCCAUGGUAGCACUUGUGCUGCCCAACUACAUGUUUCCACAACUAGGAAGUGCCCCUCGGCAGCCUUUCUACCAUGAGCAGGCUUUGUUCCCACCCACUCAGGUUCCAUUCCAACCCCAGACAACAUUUCCUGUACAGACUCCGUGCACCCCACAAAACCCUUUUCCAGCUCAGCCAUUCCCUUUCACACCACUGGACAGGCAACCCAAGCCAACGGAACCAGAAACAAGGGAGGAGCCUUCACGGAGCUCCACCCCUCAGUCACUUGGUGUACAGGGCCAAUCAUCUCCACCCUUGUUCCAGUCACGGUGCAGUUCACCACUGCAGCUCAACCUUUUGCAGCUGGAGGAGAGCCAGCGUUCCAAUGAAAGACAGGAAGCCACAGCAACCUCUGCUGGUACUCAGGGGAGCACUGCAGUGGAGAAAGGAGCAAACGCUGGCAGGCAGACCAAGACAGACAAAGAGCCAGAAGAGGCAGAUGACCUGCACCACUGUGAUGCUUUCUCUUCAUCCAGUGAUCUGUUGGAUAUCCUCAUGCUGGAGGACUCUGGCUCUGGUACAGGUUCAGCCACGUCCGGAUCCAUGGUUUCUGCCUUUAAUGGCUGUGGCACAUCAGCGUGUGGAAGUGGUGGAUCUGCUAGUGGAACUGGGAGCAGUCACAACAGCAAUAAUAGCAGUAACUACUUUGGCAGUGUGGACUCUUCACAGAAGUCCCUUAAGGCCAAGAGAGCAGGAGGUGGCGUUUCAGGGUCCUUGGAGUUAGAGGAGAAUGAAAGUUUGAUCAAAUAUAUCUUGCAGGAUCCUCUGUGGCUCCUCGCUGCCAAUGUAGACAAGGAUGUAAUGAUGAUGUACCAGUUGCCCUAUCGUGAUAUCCAGCAAGUGUUGCGGGACGACCAGGAGAAACUGAGGCAGAUGCAGAAGAGUCAGCCACGGUUUUCUGAAGAGCAGAAGAAGGAGCUGGCUGAGGUUCACCCCUGGGUGAGAGGAGGCGUUCUACCCAAAGCCAUUAAUAUUGAGGCGUGUGUUGGCUGUAAAGGAGUCACAGAGAUGCUGGUUGAGGAGGAGCUCCCAGACCUGCAUAUGGGGGAAUCCGAAGUCAGUGAUGUCACAGCCCUUUCAUAUGACCAGACACAAUGAAGAACUUGUACACACACACACAAAGUGCCGAUCUGGAAUAGGACAUUUGCGUAUAUGUAAAGAAAAAUCCAUUGUUUAUAUGUUAAGAGCAUUGCCUUUGAGGAGCUUUAUACUCUCAGAGGGCUCUCUCUUUGUGUGUGUGUGUGUGUGUGUGUGUGUGUGUGUGUGUGUGUGUGUGUGUGUGCGCGCGCAUGCAUGUCAAGUUGUCAAAUGUCUGUCAGUCAAAUUCCUAGACCCCAAAGUGUUCUAAGACAAUGUCUUUUUGACUGCAAAUAUUUUUAUUUCUUGAUAUUUCUCCUAUAAAUGGUUGUUAUUUUAAGAUAUUUCUAUGGAUUUUGAAAACCACAUCUGUUAUAUUGAGGUCAUAUUUUGUGUUAUAUAAUUUUACCCUUGAAUACCUCAACAACUACUGUACUAACUCAUAUGUGAAGAGAAUGUCAAGAAGCAUUUCUGCUGGAAUGACUAUAAAAACACGAGUUUAAUUAUAACAGUUAACAGCAAAUGUAUCUUGUCAGCUAUUACACUAUACAUCUGGAAAAAUAGGACAGGAGAAAACAAACCUAGCCAGCUAAAUACUAAAGAGCUCUACUGCCUCAUUAAACCCUGAACCUGAGACUCCCAGAACCAGUGCAAUGAAAAAAAGUUGAAUAUAUUUUAUCUAAGUUAUUGUACAUUGAAGAAGGUUACAGAGAGUUGUGUUUACAGACAGUUGUAGUACAGGGAUCACAAACAAGGUUUAAUCUUUUUGUCCCAGGAAAGAGCCCUAUAUAUAUAUAUAUAUAGUUUUGAAAGAAAAAUGUACCCGAUAAGUUUUGACGUUGGAUAUGUCCAAAACGGCUUCGUACUGAACUAAAUAGCAAUUGAAUACAGGGUGUUUCAAAAAAAUUUGAUAUUAUUUGAGAUGUAAAUAUCCCAGAAACUACAUAGUCUAGACAAAUGAAACUGAACAGGCUUAAUGUUGAGCAAUAUAAGAUUUAUUCCUCAAAAUUUGAAUGAGAAAUUCAAAGGUAUGUGGAUUCCAUGAACGAUUUCACAGAUUUUCAAUAUACACUGAGACACAGCCAGCCUUCCUCUUUGAACUUUCUGUGCCGUGUCCAAAUCUGCAUUGCAGUUGGUGCAUUUUUAGAGAAUUCUGUCAUAAAUGCACGCUGCACAGUAUUGUUCGACUGUGUUCGAGCGUACUCUAACACACAAAACGCCUUUUCUUUUCCAGUGAAUGCCAUUUCUAUACCUAAAAAGAUAAAAACAAAAAAUUAAACAUAAAAUUUUGACCUAUUUCCACAAAUGCUGCAAAAAUUUGAGGUUAACUGAACAAGAAUUGGCAACUUUAUUAGAUGAUAGAAUGAUAUUAAUUUUUUUAAACACCCUGUAUACAGAUAUUCAAGUCAUAUUAAGUAAAUGAUACUGUUUUCUCCUUAUUAGUUAUUAGUUACCACAGCACUUACAGUCGUGCUUGAAAGUUUGUGA